UUCAGACCUGCUCAGUCAGUUCGUCAGUGCGCGCGGCCGCGCACCUCGGGCUUUUUACAUUACAUUACAUGAUAUUUAGACUUAGAAAAAAAAUUAGAAUUCAAAGUUUGUGCUGUGUUUUUAAUCAGUGUUGUGAUGCGAUGCGGAGGUCGAGGGCAAAGUGCGAAUAAUGUGCGCGCAAGAUGACGCCCUUGCAGCGGACUGCCAGCCGCCGCUCGGCGGUGGAGGCGGCGGUGCGUGUGUGUAUAUGUCUACUGAUCGUCUGGACGUCGGCGACGAGUGCCAUCAGCGUGCAGCGCAGGGAUAAUUAUAAAUUAUGCGAAGUGCGCGGAUGCAACUGCACCGCGCAGACGGCGUGGUUGAUCAUCAACUGCACAUUCGACUCCGAUCAAAAUGUCGAUGUGUACAAAAAUUCAAUCCCUCCGAAUACAAUGGAGUUAAACAUCGUCGGCGGCAAGCUGCUCACCAUCCACGAGCUGAGUUUCCGCGAACUCAGCGGGUUCGGCCUGCUCUCCAUCGACGGCACCAAGAUGGUCGUCCUAAAAGAACAGGCAUUCGACAACAUUCGCUCCGAGUCCGUACUGGACGUGCGCGUCAACGGCUGCAAUUAUUUGCUCUUAGAAGCGAGAGCAUUCAAGAACAUGCUGACGUCGAUCAGAUGCGAAAUUUCCCGCUGCGAAGAGGUCGAGAUACGCAAUGGAGUUUUCGGCCGCCUGCAAGAGAUCAAACUCACGCAUGUCAAAGGACUUAACCUGGCUGAAGGGGCGUUUCUAUUUGAGAAUCAGACAGAGCGAGGGCGGCAUGGUAUUGUAACAAAUAUUUCAUUCCACAAUGUGACAAUACCAAACCUACCACGUCGAGCUUUCGUCUCUGCAUUAUCAUCCAUAGAGAUAACCAAUUGCCAUGUGGAACGCAUCUCUUCGGAGGCGUUCGCCGCCAACGAAAUCAGCGCCAUCUCUAUCGCCAACUCAUACGUCGGCAAAUUAAGCUCGGGGGCUUUCAGUCAGCGAACGCUGAUUAAAUUCUUCCUGUUACGGAACUGUAGCGUUGACUCACUGGAAAGUCAAGCCAUCAUGGCGGCCAUAAGCAACAUAACCGUUGAAUUUUCAUCGAUAAAACAAAUCAACACUGGAGCUAUCAACUGUUCCGUGACGGCAAACAUAAUCGUCAGCAAUAACAAACUAACCACGCUCUCACCGCAUAGCCUAGUUUUCCGUGAUUGGAACACAGUAAUGAUGGAGUCUAAUAUCAUUCAACAUCUGCAAGCCGCCUUCCUCUCCGUGCCGUUCAACGACGACAUCGUGCGCUUUUCCUUCAGCGGUAAUGAAAUCCACGACGUCGAACCGCACGCCUUUGAUUCCAUCCCAGAGUUACAGCAUCGUGUCGUCCAUUUCCGGUUCGACGACAACAGUUUCCACGAAGACUGUCGAUGCCACAUGGACGAGUGGAUGUCCACAUUGAUGGGCGGUAAGACAGAUGUGGAAGCAGCGCUUAAAUCCAGUUAUUGUAAAGUGAACCAUGUGAUCGCUACAUGUUUCAAGAUCCAAGAGGAUCUUAUCAGCAUGGCUAACUUUACAACACUGGUAUGCGGACCGGAACAAAACAUAAGCUGCGAGCCAUAUCAAGGUGUAACGAAAACAAUUAGCAACAGUACAUUCAUCCAAGAAGAAAAAGACCCCCAUAAAGUAACCUAUAUCCUACUCAUCGUUGGACUUGUAGUGUUGGCUUUAUCAGGAACGAUUAUAAUCAUUAUAAUCAGAGGCGGACUAUGGCUGCGGAAUAAAGGAUAUUGUGUACGGUUUAAGUACCAAGGGGAUGAUACCCAACACGAAGAUGAGGGUGCGAUGGUCGAAGAGGACACCCGCAUUGAUUAUCCAGAAUUGACCAAUGAACUGCUCCUGGAACUACGUGAGCAACUCAAGAAUCCGGAAACUCACGACAAAGCCAGAGACCUCAUCGAAAUCUUAUACGAACGAUUUGUCAUUGAAGAAUCCUACACGAACAACAAUCGACAGGACGAAGAGGCCCACUUGUACGAAGAACUAGGCAACAUGCCAAAUCGAGCACCUCAACGUCCUGCCUUGGCUCCAACACCGCUCGACACCGACGACUUCCUCAAAGUCAUGGAGGAGAAAAUAAAACUACCGUUGAUCGAUGCCGAUUAUCAGCCAUGUCAGCCGCCGGUGGUGCAGCAACAGUACUCUGAACCGGCGGAUGCCGCCGUUCACGUCUACUCCGAACUGAAGAACAAAAGCGAAGCGGAUAACACAAACACACUUGCUUCCAAUGGCACCAAUCGAAGUGGCAAGAUGGCGUUGCGGCCACUUCCGGAUAAACCCGGCGAAGCAGGCCCCAGCAAUCGAAGUAAAUACUGAUUGGCCGAAUGUCCAUGAUCUCGUGAUAUAUUAUGAGGGAAUUCUAUAAUUGUGAAACUACAGGAAUGUUGUUAAUGUCGAAACGAUAUGAAGCGGCACGAGUGUGAGCGUGCGUUACUGUGAUAAUUAUAAAUGAGUAAUAACUGUACACUAAUCUAAAUUAAUUGUAAAUACUGCGACCGUUUCUGUACAUAUUGGUAUUAUUUUCAAUAUGUGCAACAUUUUAAUGUGCUAUAUACGUUAAUAAUCGCUUGAUAUUAAAAUUGUAAUACGUAA